GCCGUCUGGACUUCAGAGAGGCAUAUGACCUUGGCUACAUGAUGGUAGCAACGUUUUUGGGAUGUCUCGCAUUUCUCAUCUUCCAAUCGAAGUUUGAGGCAAGUGGAGAGGUGCCUCCCAAUUUAAACAAAUUGUUGGCAUAUGGAAAGGAAAAGAAAAUAUGUAAAGCAUAUUUAGAAGGCGCUUUCUGGGCACAGAAUUACCCGACAAUUAUCGACGUUGAUGAACAAUUUGCCUACAUCAUGCCCAUCGCUGAGGGAACCGGCCUUGCGCACCAAUGGGUCGUCGAAUCUCCCGGUUUAAAUGGCGAUCCCAAAACAGUGUCGCUUUCCCGUAAAACAGGACCGUAUGCAGGCUGGUACCUUAGACACAGCAACUUUUUUCUUCGAGUUGACGACAAAAACAACCCAACAGCUCCGGAUAGUUUCAUCGAAGAUGCUACGUGGAGAAUGAUACCCAAUAAAUAUUUCAAGUAUUAUUUCUCAUUUCAGUCUGUGAAUUAUCCAAAUAGGUACAUUCGUCACGAAGGUUUUAUACUAAAGCUACAUCCAGACGAUUGGUCGGAAUUGUUCAGCAAGGACGCUAGUUUUCUUCAGGUGCCAUCCACGGCUAUUUACACCAAGUGAACGUAAUGCUAUCGUCAUAACAACGGGUGAAGGGCUAUAAGUGGAUUGAUUGGUAGUUGUGCCUUAGGAAUCACAAAAAUCGUACGAACUAUUUGGACAUUCACCAAAUUGAAAGGACGAAUGACUUAAAAUAAUCAUUAUUUACAGUCGUUGGGACUUUUUUAAUUGACCCUCUUGGUAUUAUCUUACAUAAUGGACAUAGCAUAAUGGACAACAUUCGAAAACACAAAAUAUAAGAAGUCAAAAAUGCAAAAAAAUUAAAUAGUGAUCUUCUUUAUUAACCAUUGAGAUCAAUUGUCACCAAACAUUUCUCAAAAAUAUCGAUUUUUAAAAUUUACAUCGCAAAGAGAAAGAGCAAGGGGCAACAUUAAAAAGCACUUGAAGUAAUUAACAAGCCAAAAAUGCAUAUUGAUCUGCUUCCUUGAGAUCGAUUACAGUUUAUUUUAAAGUGGCAGUAAGAUACUGAAUUUAUUAUUUCACAUCAAAGUGAAGAAGCACAAAGGGCAACAUCUGAAAACUCAUAAAAUAUAAUAAUUUCUAAAAGGUUACUCUGGACUUUACAU